AUGGCUACUAGUGUUCAUCAAUUCACAUCUUUUAGUGGUAACUCAAGAACAGUUAUUAGCGAGAAAGCUCGCGCUGCUACCUUUUCGGAGAUUCCGUUAAUCUCUUUGGAAGCAGAAAAACAGGAGCUGGUGAGGCAGAUUAGAACCGCUUGCACACAAGUUGGGUUUUUCUAUAUCAAAGAUCAUGGAAUCGAACAGAAGUUGGUCGACGACUUGAUGAAUAGUGCGCAGGAGUUUUUCCGCCUUCCGAUGGAAGAGAAAAAUGAUAUUCAUUUCACCAAAUCCAAACAGCUCAAAGGCUACGAAGGCUUUGGAGAUAAUCGAACCGAGAGUGAGCGGAAGCCAGAUCUGAACGAGCAGUUUAGCUGGGGAUAUGACAAAGAGAUGGACCCUGAUCAGGAGACUGUGUUUGAAAGUGACAGCUUCUUAUAUGGUGAAAAUAGCUGGCCCUCUCAAGUUCCAGAACUGAGAACUGCCGUCAAAAGAUACUUUUCACAAAUUCUCUUGCUAGCCAGAAGACUCAUGUCACUGUUUGCUUUGGCUUUGGAUCUUCCCGAGAACUAUUUUGUUGAUAUGCUCAAACACCCGGGUGCUAUGGGUCGAGUUCUACAUUAUUUGCCUCAGCCAGUCGAAGAAACCAACGUGUUGGGGAUCGGAGCUCACACAGACAUUGAGUGUUGCACCAUUCUCUAUCCAGGAGAAGUUCCUGCGUUGGAGAUUUUGAAUCCUGAGGGAGAAUGGAUUGUGGCUACUCCCAUUCCAGGGACAUUUGUCAUCAAUAUUGGGGAUAUGCUUGCCCGCUGGUCCAACGACUUCUUCAUUUCUACAGUUCAUAGGGUGAAGAAUAUUACAGGACAGGAAAGAUACUCGAUUCCUGUUUUUGUUGGAGUUGAUUACGAAACAGUGAUUGAGCCAUUAGAAACCUGCAUUUCUCUUCACGGUAAGAAGUAUCCUCCAGUGAAAGCCGGAGAUUACGUUUACAAACGCUUGGCAUAUAGCAGGUUUGAUAAGCAGGAUUUUGAGAAUAUGUUAGAUCAGGUUGGAGUCUCUAAAUAG